AAUAUGUUACAUUAAUUACGAUUUUAUCUUCGUUCUUUUCGGGAUAAACUUUGCUGAGUCAACUCCGGAGAGAUUUCCCCUCCCAUUUUCUCUCCGUGCUGAUCUACCAGUGAUCUCUUUGGUUUACUGUUCUUUCGCUUUUCUCGUUUUCUGUGUUGGUACUUUGCUUACAGGCUUUCGAAGAGGGGUGGAUCUUCUUGGGGAAAAGAAUCGAAGAAAAUGGAGAAAGUGGAAAGAUUUAUUGGGUCGAUUGAUCAGGGAACGACCAGUACGAGGUUUAUAAUCUAUGAUCAGUCUGCCAGGCCUGUUGGGUCUCAUCAGAUUGAAUUCACUCAGUUCUAUCCCCAAGCAGGAUGGGUAGAGCACAAUCCGAUGGAGAUUCUAGAGAGCGUACGGAUUUGCAUGGAAAAGGCCAUUGAUAAGGCGACAGUUGAUGGGCAUAACGUGGAGAAAGGAUUGAAGGCAAUCGGCCUCACGAAUCAGAGAGAGACGACUCUUGUUUGGAGCAAAUCUACUGGUUUACCCCUCUACAACGCCAUAGUUUGGAUGGAUGCGCGAACCACUUCUAUCUGCAGGAAAUUAGAGAAAGAGUUACCAGGGGGAAGAACUCAUUUUGUAGAGACAUGUGGCUUGCCUAUCAGUACAUAUUUCAGUGCAGUCAAACUCCUAUGGCUAUUAGAAAAUGUCAGUGCUGUCAAAGAAGCUGUUGGAAAAGGCGAUGCUCUGUUUGGAACGGUCGACACUUGGUUGAUCUGGAAUUUGACAGGGGGUUGCGAGGGUGAAGACAGAAACCAAAACAAGAUAACUGGGAUCCAUGUCACUGAUGUCUCAAAUGCAUCUCGAACCAUGCUCAUGAACCUCAAGACACUUGAUUGGGAUCGACCCACAUUGGAUGCUUUGGGAAUACCCAUCGAAAUCCUGCCCAAGAUUAUUAGCAAUUCUGAAAUAAUCGGAAAGAUGGCGAGUGGAUGGCCUCUUGUCGGUGUCCCAAUUGCCGGAUGCCUGGGUGAUCAACACGCAGCCAUGCUGGGGCAGGCUUGCCGGACAGGGGAGGCGAAGAGCACCUAUGGGACUGGUGCUUUUAUACUUCUCAACACUGGUAAGGAAGUCGUUAAAUCAUCCCAUGGACUCCUCACCACUCUCGCCUACAAGCUUGGUCCUAAUGCGCCAACCAAUUAUGCUUUGGAAGGCUCCAUAGCAAUAGCUGGAGCGGCAGUUCAGUGGCUGAGAGACGGCCUGGGCAUAAUUAAGAGUGCAGCCGAGAUUGAAGAGCUAGCAGCGCAGGUGGAUAAUUCCGGCGGGGUCUACUUUGUGCCAGCAUUUAAUGGGUUAUUUGCACCAUGGUGGAGAGACGACGCUCGAGGGGUGUGUAUUGGGAUAACAAGGUUUACGAGCAAGGCUCACAUUGCCCGUGCUGUGUUGGAGAGUAUGUGUUUCCAGGUGAAGGAUGUGCUGGAUUCUAUGCACAAAGAUGCAGGAGAGAAGGGUGAGGCCAAGAAUGACAAGGGGGAGUUCUUGCUUAGAGUGGACGGUGGAGCAACUGUUAACAAACUUUUGAUGCAGAUUCAGGCGGAUAUAUUGGGAAGUCCUGUGGUAAGACCAGCUGACAUUGAGACGACAGCUCUUGGGGCAGCUUAUGCUGCUGGAUUAGCUGUGGGGCUUUGGACUGAAGAUGAUAUUUUUGCAGAGAGAGCAGAGAAAGCCACCAUUUUUAGUCCCAAGUUGGAUGGGGAACUGAGGAAGAAGAGACUGGAGUCUUGGUGCAAGGCAAUAUCAAGAACUUUUGAUUUGGCAGACCUUUCCCUCUAAACUCCUAUUACUUGGCCAUUGACCUUGUUAUAUUCAUUGCAUGUAUAGAUUUUACGCACACUAUUUCACUUUUAUUAUUUGGUUGAAAAGUGACAAAAUCCACUUUGGUUUGAUUCUAGUUA